UCAAUAAUACAACGAGAAUAUACCAAUAUGUGUCUUUAUUCCUGAAUUCAUUUUUAAUACUAAAAAGCAUGAAUCAUUUAUUUGAAUACAUAUAUAGGUGAGCAUGCGACAGACCUACUGCAUUCUCUGACGUAAGAUCCUCCAUGUGGCUAGGCGGAUAUAAAACUUGUGAAAAAUUGGAGUUGCAUCAUGCCGAAUUAAAGAUUCCAAUGUAUAUCUUGUAUAGUUUCUACAAUCAUGGUGUAGACAAGGGAUCAUUAAGGCAAUAAAAUGCCUGCCAUGCAAAUUAAUAAUGGGACAGCACUUUGCUAGUCUCAGAGACUUCUUUAGAAUGGAUGGUGAAAGACAGCCUACUGAGAUAUGCGCUAACGCGCUCAGCCACCCAUUAUCCUUGGAUAUGGUGAAUCGAGAUGGCAAUGAAAGUUUGCCCGAUAAUGAGACUAAUGGCAAUGUACCUGUAACGAACCCUAAUAUACUGCCGAGUAGACCAGAAUGUAAAUUAGAAGGGAAUUUGGACAACGAUCGUUUAAACUUAGAUGUAGACAACCAUAAUUCUAGAUUUGAAUCUUUGUAUAGUCAACCUGUUGAAACUCAGGAUACAAAGCAAAUUUGUAACAAUGGUAAUGUUACGAGCGAGCCAUCAUUUAGACAACAGCAGGAAGCAUGCUGUAGUAGUUCUGGUGGUAGCAACAGUAGUAGCAGUUCUGAAGAUAGUCCUGUAAAUCCACCUUUAAGAAGAUCCUCUAAAACUUUGUCAUUUGGGAAGAGAAAAAAUAAACAGCGCAAUAAAGAUCAAAGCCCAAUAUGUAAUCACGUUUUAUCAUCAAAAAAGAAACGUAGCAACUGGGUGUUGAAAUUUAAUUGCGCCAAGAGCAAAAGCUCAAAAAAUACUGACAUUAUUCCCGGCCAAGGGAAUGGUAACUCGGAUUGUAUAUGCACCGGUUAUAGAAGAACAGAGGAGCAUCCUAUGGGUGCGGGUAUCGUGUUUAAUAGUCGAUCCGCUCCGCAAAGUCCCAUUCUCGGACCUUUGCCACCGAGUCCCGUAAUUGAUUUAUCGCGAUUUAACCCCGAAGAAUUUCCUAUGGAAGAUUGUGACGAACGUGCUCGAAUGCAACGCGCACGAGAGAUGGAGGAAGGCGUUGAGCCUCCUCCCGGUUAUAGGCCUAAUUAUCCUACGGGUAUACAAGUUCAUCCCAACGGAAUAACGGUGGACAGUUUAGCGGCAUUGUUUCAAGCACAUGCCGGUAUUCAAGCUGCCGCUCUUACAGCCUUAUCCCAAAUCGAUUUUACAUUAAUUCCAAAUAUCGAAAGACCUGCACACACACAAGUCGAUUAUGUCCAUUGUCUGGUGCCGGACUUAAGGUCGAUUACAGCCUGCUCUUUCUAUUGGGGUAAGAUGGAUCGUUACGAAGCGGAACGUUUAUUGGAAGGCAAGCAAGAGGGUACUUUCUUGCUGCGAGAUUCCGCGCAGGAAGAAUUUUUGUUUUCCGUGAGUUUCCGUAAAUAUGGACGCUCAUUACAUGCCCGGAUUGAGCAAUGGAAUCAUAAGUUUAGUUUUGAUUCACAUGAUCCAGGAGUUUAUGCUUCCGAAACAGUAUGCGGUUUAAUCGAACAUUAUAAGGAUCCCUCAUGUUGUAUGUUUUUCGAGCCUAUGCUCACUAUCCCGUUACAUCGGAAUUUCGCAUUUCCGCUACAGCACCUGUGUAGAGCAGUGAUAACCACGCGAACAACGUACGAUGGCAUAAAUAAGCUGCAAUUGCCAAAGACACUUAAGAGCUAUCUCAAAGAGUAUCACUAUAAACAGAGAGUACGAGUCAGACGAUUAGACACAGAAAAUGAUUCACACACGGACUGUAGAUCCAUAUCAUGUUUACCGAUAUGAAUCUCUUCGUAUUAAUAUUCGAUAGAACUUUAUUAUAUGUUGCAUAAUUAUGUUUCUUUACCUAUAUUUACAGAGUUGUACUGCCGUAUCAAAUACGAGCGGUACAUGCAUAUAACAUUGUAAUAUCAGGAAUAUCAUCACUCUGACACACAGUUAUACAAAAUAUCAUUGCAAUAUUAGCAAUAAAAGAAUUGUAUUCGUCUUAAGCGAUACUAGAUACUGGGGGAGAUGGCGUAGUAUAAUUUAAAAAAAAAAUGAAAAGAGGAAAGAUAGGACUUGUGUGAUUUCGAGCGCGACAAGUAUCUAUGUUCAUUUGGCGAGGUCUAGUAAUCUUCUAUGUAAAUACAUCAGGAAGGCAGUGUUUCAUACACUCGCAGUGUAUUGCAAAAUCGUGUAUUAUGUAAACUUCAAUAUCAUUGCUAUUGUUCUUAUUGUUACUACUACACUUAUUUCUUUAUUUUAUUCCUAACUACAUUAUCUUUUAAUCAUUAUUUUGAAUAUGUAUAAUUUAAUCUUAAUUAAAGUUACGGGAACACGCAGUUUGUAUUCUGAUAAUUUUUAUAGAUCAAUACCAAAACUUAACGUCUGAAAGGCGUGGCAAUUUAAUUUUUAUUCUUAUGAAACUAUGCCAUCAAAUUUAACCUAUUUACGUAGCUAAAAUUAUUAAAAAAAAAAAAAAGAAAGACAGUGAGAGAGAGUGGGAGAGUCUGCAAAAUCUGGUUCAUAUUACUCCUAUUGUGCCUAUUUAUAAUGUUAAAUAUUAUUAGAUAAAAGCUGUCUGUGUUGAUGUUUCUCAUUGCCAGAUACGAAAAUCUAUAAUUUGUGUAAAUUCUUUAAAUUUCAACAUGUGGAGUGAAUAUCAGAUGCAGUGAAUUGAAUUUGGAGUAACAAUGCAAAUCAUUGAAUAUUGA